GCCACCGGAGACGACAAUACAUAGGUGGCGAAAUUGAGAAUAAACCGCAGCGAGAAAGCACUAACGGAUCCAGGCUCCAUUAAUGCAUGAUUAAACUAAUCCAUGCAUGUUUCGUUUGUCCCACACUACCCGAUCCAUUGGUUUGUAGGUAUUAGGACUAACUUACUCUCUAAUUAGUAAUUAGCAAACGCUUCUUCCUUAACGUACGGCUCUACUGAUCAUCAAUUGUUUGUGUGUAUAUAUAGGGCACCCUCCGAGCCCACCAAUACAAACAACCCAGUUAAGAGAUAGAUAGCACUCAAUCAAUCAUUCAAAACCAUAUAUAUCAAUGGCAGCUUCUUCCAUCGCCGUCCUCACUAUCCUAAUCGGAAUCAUGAUAGCGACGACGCCGUUCGACGGCGCGAACGCCGAGGACGCCGCCCCUCCAUUGUACGUGUGCAACGGCAAUGUGGACGCCGGCAUGACUCCAUGCGUUAGCAAAAUGGCAACCACUUUGAUAACGAGGGAUCCGAGGCGCGGCGGGAGGACGAAUCAGUGCAGCGUCAACGCCACCACGACGCUCCAUGCAGUGGCAUACUGUUACGACAUAGACUAUCUCCCGCUCUGCCGCUUGUGCUUGCAACAUGCUACGAAGAAGGUGAUGAGCAGUUGUCCGGAUCGGGUCGGGGCCAGAAUCAACAACACUCUGUGUGCGUUUAGAUACGAGGCUUAUUCUUUCUUCUGAGUUUUGGCCCAUGCAACAAUUAAUGGGUUUCGUCGACCGAUCGACCGGCGACUUUAUUCACAAGGAUUGAUGCCAAAAGCUUAUAAUUAGCUUGCAUCGAUCAUAAAAUUGAUACUACCUAUCUAGUUUCUGAAGUUUCUGUGUUUUGCUGUAUUUUUUUCCUUUUGUUUCUGGGCACAUGCAUAUGGAUUUUGUAUGUGUGGUGAUAGAGCUUUUGCUUGAUGCACUCAUGUUUUUCUCGAUAUUGAGUAGUAUCUAUUUCAUUUAUCAGUUAUCAGUAUAUGCUUGAAUUUUUUUAUUUUGAUUCAUGAAUUAGGGGUGACCAUUGGAUAACAUUUACGAAUUCGUGAUGAGUUGGAUUUAAUGACUUGAGAUAUUCAUCCGUUGAUUAGUUAAGUGCAUUUGUUACUAACUUGAGAACGACACUUGCACUAUAAAAGACAUGUUGAUCUUUGUUGCAAAGACUCAUGACAUGAAUAAAUGUGAAAAACCAUGUUGAGUGAGAUCCUAAUAACUAGAAAAAUACAAGAUGUACAGCUGCAUACAUGUUUGAUGAUGCUCGUAUAAAUAUUUAAAGAACACCUAAGACGGUGUAAGAAAGUUAGAAUAUACUAGCAUUUACAGUCUGCAGGAGGCAGCUGAUAAACAUGAUACUCGAUUUAGUGGGGGGUACUUGGCAGGAUUAUUGAUUGUCCUAGUAUGAAGCAUUGAAAUGCUAUUGAAAGGGGUUAUGAGACACCUUAAGAGAACAGUAGACAUUGAUAUAAGUUAUCAACGGUUUCGUACAGUAUUGGUAGGGUAUAUUGAUGCGGACGAGAAUACCCUAUAGAAGACUCCAAGGCAUCCAGUGGACAUGUUUUAAACAUCACUGGAAGUGUUGUGUCUUGGAAUACUAAGAAGUAAAUGACCCUCGCUCAAUCAACUAAGAAAUCAGAAAUGAUAGAGCUAGCAAUGGCUAGUAAAGAGAAAAGUUGAUUGAGAGGGUUAUUACUACAGAUUCCCUUAUGGGAAAGACCGAUCCCUCCGGUAGUUGAUUCAUUGUGAUAGCACCGCAACUAUUACUAAAGAAGGGAACCAGUUCUAUAACGAAAAGAGACGACAAAUUCAUCGUAAGCACAGUACUGUAAGAGAACUUCUAACGAUAGGAGCAAUGAGGGUGGAUCCUGUAAGGUCCUAAUAGAAUCUAGCUGAUCCUUUGACGAAAGGAUUAUCUAGAGAGAAAGUCCAAAGUACCGCCAAGGGUAUGAGACGUAUGCCUACCGAACCACGGACUACAAGUGAUGGUAACCCGACCCAAUAGAUUGGAGAUCCCAAGAAAUGGGUUCAAUGGGUAAUAACAAGUCAUGAGUAGUAUGCGAAAAGUUCAUGCAUAGUGAAGCAUGAAUCCCAAAGCCUUAGAGGUUGAGUUAAACUGUUACUGAGAUGUAUACUCUAUGUGGAGUGAAGUACUUUACUUUGGGGGUACUUCUGAUAGACUCACCUAUGUGAAUGUGGGAGUGGGGUCGCUCCCUAUGAAACUUUGGAGGCACAAAGUUGCUAGAGCGUUCACUAAACCGGGAUAACGUGCAUGACCAUAAACGCAUGACCUAUGAGAGAAUAUCACUCAAUGAAAGGAUCCGGUGUGCUACAUUGUCUGAGAUAGGGUUCAAGACUACGAGUCACCCUUAUGAAAUCGAAAGUGUAACCACUACGCUAAGGUUCAAAUCUUCGUGAUACCUUAGCUUAUGCCCGAUCUUAUGGAACUGUUGAUGCUCAGAGAUAGUUUUAAAACUAUUCAAGUGGGGGAUUGUUGGGAUGAAUAGCCUUGAAAAGCUAUAAAUGAAAUUUCUAAUUAAUUAUCCAGUAUUUUCCCAUAAUACUUAAAUAAGAUGGAUAAUUAAUAAAAAGAAUAUUAUGAAGAUAAUUAGGAAUAAUUAUCUUAAUAGAUUAUAUUUUAAUUA